AUAAUAAAGACAAUCUUAUUGCAAUAAGCAAGUCUAUCCAGUGGGUUCCACAUGAUUCACCCAUCACCCGCGAAUAUUUCCUCUUCCUUCAGCCGUCCGGUCGAAAACGACCCCUAAAGUGUCUUCCAGCCCAAACAAGGACGAGGAUAAACACUUUCUUUCUCCAAAUCAACCUCAAUUUCCCACUUUUUCUGCCAGUUUUUCAUUGGGUUUUGGUCAAGAACUGAAGAAGAAGAACAAGUAGAAAGCCCAAAAAUUUCAGGGUUUUUCUUUGAUAGUUCUAAAAACAAAGAAGAUACUCCUCGUGUCAUCGAAAUCUUUAGAGGACAGUUUCUGGCCAAGAAUGUAGCUCAAUAUUAAUCAUUUCGCAUGUGAAAUUUUGUUGAAAAAACAACAAGGACGUAAAAUGGGUGACCGUAGAUCAAACCGCGCCACACUAAGAGACAAAUUCGAACUGGAGAAAUUCCGUUCCAAAGUUGCAAAGAGUGUACCCGAGACGGAAUCAUCACCUUCAAGCUUUGACCAAAAGCAAAAGUCAACGGAGACGGAAGAAAUCGUCAAACACAUGAAACAUUUACCAAGUUAUCUCGAACGAGGAAAACCGUUUCAAGAUCGAGCUUUGAGUUUUGGAGUCAUGGACUGGGCCCGCUUAGAGAAAUGGCAAAAUCAACGUUAUAAACACGGUUUUGUUAAAAAUAUCAAAUGUUCACCGUCUAGCAGCUAUUCUUCGUUGUUUUCGGCUGACGGAUCGUCUCCUAGAUCUAGUAGAGAUCAAAGCCGCUCUCCCGCUCGUCCAAAAGUUCAUCGCGUAACUCUUCAAUCCCAUUUUAAAGCUUCCCCUAACGAAGAUUUCACUCCAAACGUCAAAUCUUGUCCGGAAAGCGAUCGAAGUUUUCAAUCGUUUAAAGAUUCUCCGAAACAAUCAUGUUCGAAGGGGAAGUUGAAGAUUCAAGACGAGUCCGUAAGCGAUAAUAACAAUUCAAAUACAUCCACAUUUCAAUACAAAGCUAUAAACGUUAAAAACUCACGAAGGGAACUCGAUGUUUCAAGAAAGAGUUCAAUCGAUUCUUCGAAGAACUCCGGUUUAAAAUCUCGAAGUACGUCCCCACUUCGUCGUUUUAGCUUUAGUCUGAAAUCUGGUACCGAAAGAGCAGAUUCUCCUGUUUCUCAAGAUUCAAAUACGGAUAGAAACCGGUCUAAUUCAAGCCCGUUAAGGAGGUUAUUAGACCCGAUAUUUCUGUCAAAGGAGAUGCGCUAUAACGAUUCAAGAACAAAAGCGAAACUUGAUUUCGAAAAUGAAAUUACAGUUGAUGAUGGUUCGUCGUCAUCAUGGAAGCAAGCUCUUUUUCAGACAACGGUCAAGAACGAGCGUCUUUUGUUUACAUUUGCAGUUGAAAACAACAAGGAAAUACUUGCAGCCACCGUGACAAGUUUAACUUCCGUAAAAGAUAAUAACAGAAGUUUUCUCUAUACGUUUUUCACUGUACACGAGGUGAAGAAAAAGACGAUAAGUUGGUUAACUCAGGGUAACAAGAGUAAAGAUCAUGGUUAUGUACCUAACGUAACCGCUCAAAUGAAGGUCUCGAGUUCUCUUUCCGACACUCGGGAAUUUGUUUUGUUUUCCGUGAACCAGAGUAUCCAGCCGCAAGAAGAACUGGAAGCCGUUGUUGUGAAGUUUUCACGAAAGUCAAACGGUGAAGAUAACCAAGAAAGCUUUAGCACAACGGUUAUUCUACCUGGUGGCACUCAUGGGGUGCCGAGUAAAGGAGAACCUUCGCCGUUGGUUGAUCGAUGGCGGUCCGGUGGGGUGUGUGAUUGCGGUGGCUGGGAUGUCGGCUGCCGUUUAAGAACCUUUUCUAGCCAGGCACAGUCUAGUGGAUCGAGAUCAGACAACGUUCACAUGACUGCGCGCCAGUUUGAGCUUUACUCUCAGGGUGAAUUUCAAAACAAAAGACCCAUUUUCAGCCUCUCUCCAUUGAAGGAAGGUAUAUUUUCGAUCGACUUCAAUUCGUCGUUGUCGCCACUACAGGCGUUCUCAAUAUGUAUAUCAUAUGUGGAAUCCCGCAAGAUGACUCAGCACACACAGCUUAAAACACACUCUCCCCAGCUGGUUCCUCGAAUGUAUACCCCGAUUCCGCGUGUUAAGAAAAGCGUAAUGGGAAAGGUCACUUAGUUGUAACUAUUUAGUCAUGUAAGGUUUACCAUCAGUCUACAAUAUCGAUUAUGUAAUUUGCAUAAUUUUGUUUUAUAAACUUAUUUGGAUUAGAUCAUAUGAAUAAUAUCAGAGCUAAGCUUAUUCCCCCAUUCA